UCCUACGUCAGCGGCUGUGUGACGUAGCUGCAGCUGCUACACUUUCACUUUCACCUAACAGGAAGAAGCUUCGUGCGCACCAGAAAGUCCGGACAGGGAAGAAGACUCAACAUGGCAGCCUUGGAACCUGAGGAGUUGAUGGAAACAGGUGAAGACGAGGGGGGCUUUGUGAAACUUCCUACAUCUGCUGAUGUGGAGAUGAUGACUGAAUCACAGAGCAAAGAUACAGUUCAAGUCGUUCUCUCCAUCAAGUGGGAGGAGGGUUUCAAACCAGUAAACCAUAAAUCGGAACUGACCAAAGCUUUUCAGACUUGGGUCAACACUAACAAGCUUGACUUGGUAAUCAAGGUGGAAGAAGCCUCUGACUCUGAAGCUUCCAUAAAGAUAAAUCCUGCUCCAGGAGGCAUUUGGGCCGAUUUUAAAUCUUCAGUCCUGACAAAGCUGCGUGAAGCGAAGGGACAAACGCUGAGCAACAAAAACAGGAAAAUAGUCACUGUAGUGUCAAUGAGACAUCCAGAGACACAAGAACCACACAAUGCUCCAAUGAACCUCCCUUCACCAUCUGUGCCAGACCCACAACAUGAGUUAAGGCGCCCAGUUGUAGAUUCUGCAGCUGAAGAGGAGACAUACACUUGUGAAAUCCCAGUUGCCACUUACCUCUAUAUGAACCACAUCUACAAGGAGAACAUCAAUCGUAUAGCGGCAGAGAAUGGAGUCAAAAUUGCGGCACAAGUGACGGUAAAUUUUGAACCAGACAAGGAAAACGGAGACCCACGCAAAGCUAUGUCUGAGUUCAGAAACCUCGUCCAGACAUCCCUCAAUCAAUCCGACAGCUUUAGCAUCCCUCUCGGGGGAAUGGCUCGGGAAGUCCUCCAGAAAGACAAGAACAAGGUUGUGCUUACGCCGUCCUCUGAGGAAAUGGCGGAAAGUGAGCCAGGCCAAAGUCAAGAUGCCACCAGCAAGUCUCUCGAUAUGAUACAGACGACCUCAACUAGCACCAAGCCUUCUGUUGGAGGGCCCACACGGUCCUCUUAUGAGAAACCACAGACGAUUGGCAUGAGCAUCAAGGACCCUCUUGCCUACGCAGGACUAGACAUUGAGGAGAGCAUCUGGAGCCUGUUGAAUACCUCUUUCAACGAGGAAGUAGUUAAGCUGAAAGCUAAGUUUAAUGUGGACUUAAAAGAAUCAGGCAUCGGUAAAGGACAAGUGAACAUCAAAGCUCUCUACAGAAGAUCUGAACCAAACAAAUCAAUGGAGAGCCAUGCUGUCAGGGCUCUCCUUCGUCUGUACCAGAGGAUCAGCACAUCCCCCCUGGGGUUAAUCAAACGCUACGGUGUCAGUGGAUUCAACAGCUCUCUCAAGACAAAUGAUUAUCAGUCAGAGGGGGCGUCCGCUGGAGCUGUAUCGAAAGGGCCGCCAGGAUACAACAGGGGCUACGCUGAAGAACCCACAGGAGGGACAGUGGCUGUAAGACAAGAAGACGCAAACUGCCCCAUAUGCAUUGAUAAGUUCACCAAUAAGACCCAGCUGAAGUGUGGACAUGAGUUUUGUAAGGAUUGCCUGGAAACAGCAAAGAUAAAUUCAGGGCCAAUCUGUCCUGUUUGUAGAGAUGUCUUUGAUGUGGUAGAGGGAGACCAACCGCCUGGUACAAUGUCCUGGAUCAUCAUGAGGUCAUCCCUCGAUGGAUUCCCAAAUUGUGGCACUAUAGUCAUCACCUAUGUUAUUCCAGGAGGGACACAGACGGAAAGACAUCCCAAUCCUGGACAACGUUACCAUGGUACUGACAGAGUUGCAUAUCUGCCAGACAGCGAUGAAGGCAGAGAAGUGCUGCAGCUGUUGUCUCGAGCAUUUAAGCAGAAGCUCAUUUUCACUGUUGGGAGGUCCAGAACUACUGGGCGGGAUAACGGGGUGACCUGGAACGACAUUCACCACAAAUCCUUCCUAUCAGGGGGACCAGAGAAUUAUGGUUAUCCUGAUCCUGACUACCUGAGCAGAGUGAGAGAGGAGCUGAAGGCUAAAGGCAUCAUGUGAACUCGGUAGUAGACGCAGGUCUGAAUUCAACAUGCAGGAAGGCCUUCAGAUAUCAAGAUGAUUCAUUUUGAUUUACGAUUAUCUAAAACCAAUAUUUAGUGUGAUACACAUUAUUAUAUUAUAUGCUGUUUAUUGUAGUUUCUCCAAAUGAUCACAUAGUUACUUUGAGAUUCAAUGGACAGUGUUCAUUGCUUAAGAUUGAAUUGUUUAGCAGCGUAUCUGCACGUUUUAAAUAUAAUUUUCUUUGAAGGAAUAAACAGUGUAAGAAUGAACCUUGAAUGUAUUCAUUUAAUUAAAUGUGCACAGUGCAUAUGAUCUGAUUUACUGUUCACCUAAGACCUGAUUAAACAACUAAUAAAGUAUUGCACACCGA